AUGCAAGCAUAUAUCGGCGCGAACGCAAAGACGUACAUGAGAGCACAUAGAGAAGCAUACUUUGCAGCAUAUCGCGCAGCAUCUCAAGAAGCAUACCAAGAAGCAGAAAGAGCAGCACACGGAGCAGCACACGGAGCAGCACACGGAGCAGCACACGGAGCAGCACACGGAGCAGCAGAACGCAAAUCAGCCGGACAGCAGACAUUUCGCACCACUCUUGACAAAAUGGCACGAUCGUUUUCGAUUCCCAUGGCAUUUUGGGGUAUGAUGAUUCUUCUCAUCACCCUCGCCCAUGCCAUGCCGAUUCCGGCGGAUGGAAACCAAUACGGCGACCUUGAUCAUCAAGGCUGGGAUCACCAUGUCCCGCAGGCGCUGGCGCAACAUGCCACGGAAGACCAGUUGAGAUUUCAGCCGGCGCUCGACUUUGACAAGGAUGGCUGUUACAACGCUCCCGCCAUUGAUGCACAGGGAAACGUCAAUCAUGGCAUGCAUCACGAUGGUACCUCGGCUAAUGAUCGUUGCCGUAACCCAUCAUAUCUCGAUAAUAAUAACGUAUAUGUGCGCUCAAAGUGCAAUAACAAUUGGUGCGCGCACAUGUACGCCUAUUACUUUGAGAAGGACGUGGCGGUCGAGAAUUUCAUCAUCGAUAUCGGCGGCAGCAGACACGACUGGGAGAACGUAAUCGUGUUCCACGAGAUGAACUCGACUGAUGUCAAACACGUCGCCAUCUCAGAGGAGUACGGUUACAGUGUCAGAGUAGGCGACUACGUAAAGUAUGACAGCGGCACCCACCCAAAGGUCGUAUAUCACAAGAACGGAGGCUCCAGACACUCCUUUCGGUGGUCCGACAAGGGCGACGAAAAGGACGGGCCCGAGAAUGACAAGCACGUUUGGUACCGCGGCCCCCUCGUGGAUUACGACAAUGGGUUUCCCAGCACGGCCAUUCGCGACACGUUGAUGAGACACGACUUUAUAGAGGACAAGAAUGUGAUUCCCCUGCGGCCCUGGACCUUCGAGGCCUAUCUUCGCGAUGCCAUUGUCAGGGUCAAGGGCAAUGGAGUUGGAGACUUUCACGAGUUUCACAAGGACUUUAACCGCGAGUUCUUCUUACCCUCGGAAAUGGACAAGGAGAUGUGCAAGAUUUGGAAACCCCCCUUGUUGUUCCCUCCGGAAACCUACGAGCGGCCUUGCAAGAACAACGAUCCGGGCUUUUGGGAUUGGAUUGCGAGCUUCUUUGAUGGCUCGCACCCAAGGUGGCCACUCUGA